AUGCACCACCAACGCCGAACCACCGACGAUCCCAUCGAACCCGCCACUCCGCCUCGAGCCCAUGCCAACUCAGCCACGGCGCCCCGCAUCAUCUGCCUCGACUCGAGCCCCAUCGUCGCAUCGCCCACGCCCACCAUGUCCGCCCACCCGUUCCGCUCCGCCAUGAAUGCCACCAACGCCUCCGCCAUGAGCCGCACCGCCUUCACCUCCCAGCCGGGCUCCUCCUCCUUCCGCUCCAGCCUCCAGCAGUUCAAGUACAACGGCACCGACGCCAAGCGCGAGAUUGUAGUGUCCGACGACGACAGCUCAGGCCUCUCGGAUCCCGAGUCGUCGGCAGAUGACGAGCCCAAACCCAAGAAGCGCCGCUUGGUGCGAGGUGGCAAUUCGCGCAAUCGCUCGCGUGAGCCGUCCGAGGAAUCACGCAGCCGCUCCCCGACUACCACUGCCGACACCAGCCGUAUGAGCAACGGCGGCGGCAAGCGCGAGAAUGCAACCACCGCCAACGGUCGCGACAGCAGCGACGACGACGUCCAAGAGGUCGCACCGCAACGGCCGCAAACCACCACCGUCACGGCGACAAAGACAACACCAUCACCUACAAAGUCUGCCGCAGCGACGCAACACUCGCAACUGCCGACGAUGUCCGAAGAGGAGUUGAAGCAAAAGGCAAGACGCAUCAUCCAGAUCCAACCGCUCCUCGAGCCCAAACGCAUCAUCGCAGCGCUGCGCCAAACAAGAGGCAACAUCGACAAGACGCUCCAGCUCCUCGCCUCGCGACCCAGCGUCGUAACCACAAAGACCAUCAGCCUCAAGCCCGCGCGUGAUGCUGUCUCACGCCCCGCAACGGCCAGCAUUGUAGCCUCCGACAGGUCGAGGCAGUCCAGCGUGGUCGCUUCCAAUUCGCGCUCUUCCACCCCGGCAUCGUCACGCGCGCCUGCCGCUGCUGCGGCUCCGCAGCCGCCCAAGCCCAAGAAGCGCAUGGAAGAGACGAUCGAGCUCAGCUCCGAUGACGACAACUCCGACGGCCACGAUCGCGCCGAAAAGGAGGACCGCGCCGCCGUCAAGUGGUUCAACACCGCCGACGCCAAUGCGCUCAUGGACACCACCAACUGCAACGCCCAGCAGGCCGACACCAUCAUCGCGCUGCGCCCCUUCGCCCAUGCAGACGACGUCGAAGACAAGCUCGGCAGCAAGGCCGCCAAGGGCGUCACGCCGCGCCUCUUCCACCAGUGCAAGGACCUCAUGGCCGGCUACUACGAGGUGGACGAGGUGCUGGCAAAGUGCGAAAAGAUCGGCCGCGAGUUGACCGACGCCAUGGCUUCCUGGCUGCCCGAUGCGAGUCAGCCCGCCUCGGCUGCAGGCUCGCGCGAGGGCACGCCCGCCAGCACACUCAACCUCGCCAGCAUCAAGAAGGGCGUGGCCGACAAGUUGUACCUCGACGAGCAGCCGCGCUUGCUCGCCGACGGUGUCAGGCUCAAGGACUACCAGCUCGUCGGCGUCAACUGGCUCAACCUGCUCUACCGCAAAAAGACCAGCUGCAUCCUCGCCGACGAGAUGGGGCUCGGCAAGACCGCGCAGGUGAUCGCGUUCUUUGCGCAUCUCAAGCACCUUGGGAUUCGCGGCCCGCAUCUGGUGGUGGCGCCCAGCUCGGUGCUCGAAAACUGGGAUCGCGAGUUCCGCUUCUUUGCACCCAGCAUCAGCGUGCGCAAGUACUACGGCUCCAUGAAGGAUCGCGUCGAGCUGCGCGAAGAGCUCGCGGCGGAUUCGGAGCUCGAGGUCAUCCUCACCACGUACGACAUGGCAGCAGGUGGGCCUCAGGACCACAACUUCCUGCGCAAGUUCGGCCGCAGGGGCUGUGGACGCAGCGAGUGCAAGCCCGGGUGCGACGAACAGGACUGCCGUGCCGGCGGGUUCGAGGUGUGCGUGUUCGACGAGGGCCACAUGCUCAAGAACCGCAAGUCGCAAAAGUACGAAAAGCUGCUGCGGCUCAAGACCAACUGGCGGCUGCUGCUCACGGGCACGCCGCUGCAGAACAACCUGCAGGAGCUGGUGUCGCUGCUCAACUUUAUCAUGCCCGCCUACUUUUCCGACGCCGAGGAGGCGCUCGCGGCCAUCUUCAAGGUGAAGCCGGGCGCGCAGCAGAACCAGCUGUCCAAGCAGCGGGUGGAUCGCGCCAAGAAGAUGAUGCAUCCGUUUGUGCUGCGUCGUCUCAAGGACCGCGUGCUGACCGAGCUGACCACCAAGACGGUGCGCGUCGAGUACUGCGACAUGACGCCGUCGCAGCGCAGGGUGUAUGCGCAGGCGGUGGCGCGAACCAAGCGCGUCGCAGCAGCCCAAGCAUCCGAGCCCGCUGCGACGCGGAGCAAGACAGCGACCAAGGCGGCGGGGAGCAAGGAGAGCGGCCAUGUGUUGAUGGAGCUGCGCAAGGCGGCGAACCAUCCGCUGCUAACACGCAGGCUGUUUGACGAGGCCAAGAUCGACGCCAUGGCGAGGGACCUUAUGAAGGAACCCGACUAUGCCGACUAUGCAUUCGAGCACAUCAAGGAGGAUCUGCGCAUCAACACGGAUGCGCAGCUGUCGUUUUCGGCGCAGACCUAUCCGGCUACGCGCAAGCACGUCCUCCCCGCACCCGAGUGGAUGGACUCGGGCAAGAUCCAGGCGCUCCAACGACUCAUCCCCGAGAUCCAGGCGCAGGGAGACCGCAUCCUGAUCUUCAGCCAGUUCACCAUGGUGCUCGACAUCCUCUGCGUCUGCCUCGAGCACAUGGGCAUCAAGUACGUCGGCUUUACCGGGUCCACCCAGGUCGAAGACAGGCAGGUGCUGGUGGAUCAAUUUACAAACGACCCUUCGAUUACCGUGUUUCUGCUCUCGACCAAGGCGGGUGGAUUGGGCAUCAAUCUGAUUGCUGCCAACUGGGUGAUUCUGUUCGACCAGGACUUCAACCCUCACAAUGACAAGCAGGCCGCAGACAGGUCGUACCGCAUGGGUCAAACCAAGCCCGUCACGGUCGUCAAGCUGCUAAGCCGCGGUACGAUCGACGAAGACAUCCAUGCGCUCGGCGAGAGAAAGCUCGAACUUGCAGACCGCGUUUCGGGCGAAGAUGACACCGAGUCCGACGAGGCCGAACAGAAAAAGGUCGCCCAGACCCUGCUUGCCAGACUGCGCGAGGCUGCCUCGCCCGACAUCACAGAGAUCAGCGACACCGACGAAGCAAACUAG